UAUGUCUACAGGCCUAGAAAAUUUUUUAAUCUCUUGUUUUCUAGAAAAAUAUAAUAUUCGCAGUAUAGGGGAAAUUUUGCAUAGAAAAUAUUUGGAUUGGAGAAUUCUCAACUUUUGGUUUAGAAAAAAAGUAAAUAUUGAGCUUGAUACUAGGAGUAAAAAAAAAUAUAUUAAAACUAAAGUUAAGAAUUAUAAAAGAAUUUAUAAAAUAACUAAGACGAGUCUUGCCAAUCAAAAAAUAAAUUUUUUUGAUUGGAUGGGAAUGAAUGAAGAAAUACUAAAUCCUCGUAUAACAAAUUUUGACUUUUUUUUCUUUCCAGAAUUUUUCUUAUUUUCUAGUACAUAUAAAAUGAAACCGUGGGUCAUACCAAUUAAAUCACUUCUUUUCAAUUUUAAUGAAACAAAAAAUGUGAAUAAACAGAUCACCCUAAAGAAAAAAGGUUUUAUACCAUCAAACGAAAAAAAAUUCCUUCGGUUUUUUAAUCUAAAUAAAGAAGAAAACGAAUCAGCAGGUCAAGAAGAGUUUGAAUCAGAUAAAGAAACAAAAAUAAAUACGGAAUCAGCUCUAUCAAAGCAAGAAAAAAAUAUUGAAGAAAAUUAUACAGAAUCGAAGAUAAAAAAACGUAAAAAUAAAAAAAAACCAAAAAGCAAUACCGAAGCGGAACUUGACUUAUUUCUCAAAAGGUAUUCGCGUUUUCAAUUGCGAUGGAAUUGUUUUUUUAAUCAAAAAAUCCUCAAUAAUGUAAAAGCAUACUGUCUCUUGGUUAGACUAAAAAAUCCAACCGAGAUAACGAUAUCUUGUAUUGAAAGAGGAGAGAUGAGCUUAGAUAUUCUAAUGAUUGAGAAGAAUUUCACUUUUUCAAAAUUAAUGAAAAAAGGAAUAUUGAUUGUUGAACCUGUUCGUUUGUCUGUAAAAAACGACGGCCAACUUAUUAUAUAUAGAACCAUCGGGAUUUCAUUGGUUCAUAAAAAUAAACAAAAAAUAAGUAAAAGAUCAAAAAAAAAAAGCUAUAUUUAUAAAAAAAAAAGUUUAAAUUUCUUUGUCCCUGAAACUAUUCUAUCCCCUAAACGACGUAAAGAAUUUCGAAUUCUAAUUUGUUUCAAUUUAAAAAAAAAAAAUGCAAGGGAUAGAAAUUCAAAAUUUGAUACAAAUAUUCAAAACUUGACCACAGUUUUGAAUAAAAAGAAAGAUCUUGAUAAGGAUAAAAAAAACCUAAUUAAAUUAAAAUCCUUUCUUUGGCCCAAUUUUCGAUUAGAAGAUUUAGCUUGUAUGAAUCGCUAUUGGUUUAAUACGACUAAUGGAAAUCAUUUCAGUAUGAUAAGAAUACACAUGUAUACGCGAUUUCAAAUGCAUUAAUGGUAGAUCCUUUUUACUAUAUUUUGACUAUAUAUAUAGUAUUAAGUUACGGUAUAUGAACAAUAUAUAAUAUAAGUUACGGUAUAUGAAAACAAUUGGAUGCACAAAUGUGAGGGAUUUUUUUUAAUUCAAUCUUUAUACAUGAGAUUCAUUGAAUUAAUGACAUAGAUACCACUCAGAGCGAAUUCAUAAAUAAAUUUUUAAAAUCCUCCUUUUUUAGAUCGAAAUUUAAACUUUUUUUUUAUAAAAUUAAGAAUUAAUAAGUUGAUAAUUAAAUUCGGAUCCUUGUACAAAAAAACUACCAUUAUUAUUACUGAUCAGUAAAAUUCAUAUCUUUCAAUUCAUAUUAAAAAGGGAAGGAUUUCUUUUUAUGAUAAAAAAUACAUUCAUUUCAUUUCAAGAAAAAAAAGAAGAAAGCAAGGGAUCUGUUGAAUUUCAAGUAGUCAGUUUCACUAAUAAGAUACGAAGACUUACUUCACAUUUGGAAUUGCACAGAAAAGAUUAUUUAUCUCAGAGAGGUCUACGAAAAAUUCUGGGAAAACGUCAACGACUGCUGGCUUAUUUGUCAAAAAAAAAUAGAGUACGUUAUAAAGAAUUAAUUAAUCAGUUGAAUAUUCGGGAAUUAAAAACUCGUUAAAUUCCAAAAUUGUGAAUUAGUUAAUUUUUUAGAUCUUGAAUUUUUGAAUAAACUUCUUUUUCAGCAAUCUAAUUCAUACCAGAACGAAUCAAGGAAAAACUUAUGAAGAGACCAGUUACAGGAAAAGAUCUUAUGAUAGUCAAUAUGGGACCUCACCACCCAUCCAUGCACGGUGUUCUUCGCUUAAUUGUUACUCUAGACGGUGAGGAUGUUGUUGAUUGUGAACCCAUAUUGGGUUAUUUACACAGAGGAAUGGAAAAAAUUGCAGAAAACCGAGCAAUUAUACAAUAUUUACCUUAUGUAACGCGGUGGGAUUAUUUAGCUACUAUGUUUACAGAAGCAAUAACAGUAAACGGACCCGAACAAUUAGGAAAUAUUCAAGUUCCUAAAAGAGCCAGCUAUAUCAGAGUAAUUAUGCUAGAAUUGAGUCGUAUAGCUUCUCAUCUGUUAUGGCUUGGCCCUUUUAUGGCAGAUAUUGGGGCACAGACUCCCUUUUUCUAUAUUUUCAGAGAACGAGAAUUUGUAUAUGAUCUAUUCGAAGCUGCCACCGGUAUGAGAAUGAUGCAUAAUUUUUUUCGUAUUGGAGGAAUAGCGGCGGAUUUACCUUAUGGUUGGAUAGAUAAAUGCUUGGAUUUUUGUGAUUAUUUUUUAACAGAGGUUGUUGAAUAUCAAAAACUUAUUACACGAAAUCCUAUUUUUUUAGAACGAGUUGAAGGCGUUGGGAUUAUUGGUGGGGAAGAAGCAAUAAAUUGGGGUUUAUCCGGACCAAUGUUACGCGCAUCCGGAAUACCAUGGGAUCUUCGUAAAGUUGAUCGUUAUGAGUCUUACGAUGAAUUUGAAUGGGAAAUUCAGUGGCAAAAACAAGGAGAUUCAUUAGCUCGUUAUUUAGUACGACUUAGCGAAAUGACAGAAUCCAUCAAAAUUAUUCAACAGGCUCUGGAAGGACUUCCGGGGGGUCCCUAUGAAAAUUUAGAAAGCAGAGGCUUUGAUAAAAAAAGGAAUCCAGAGUGGAAUGAUUUUGAAUAUCGAUUCAUUAGUAAAAAACCUUCCCCUACUUUUGAAUUAUCGAAACAAGAACUUUACGUAAGAGUUGAAGCUCCAAAAGGGGAAUUGGGAAUUUUUCUCAUAGGAGAUCAAAGUGGUUUUCCUUGGAGAUGGAAAAUCCGACCGCCGGGUUUUAUUAAUUUGCAAAUUCUUCCUGAACUAGUUAAAAGAAUGAAAUUGGCUGAUAUUAUGACGAUACUCGGUAGCAUAGAUAUAAUUAUGGGAGAAGUUGAUCGUUAAAAUGAUAAUUUAUGCAACAGAAGUACAAACAAUAAAUUCUUUUCUUAGAUUGGAAUCUUUAAAAGAGGUCUAUGGACUCAUAUGGAUAUUUGUCCCUAUAUUUUCUCUUGUAUUGGGAAUCAUAACUGGUGUACUAGUAAUUGUGUGGUUAGAAAGAGAAAUAUCUGCAGGGAUACAACAACGUAUUGGACCUGAAUACGCCGGCCCGUUAGGAAUUCUUCAAGCUUUAGCCGACGGGACAAAACUACUUUUCAAAGAAGAUCUUCGUCCAUCUAGAGGAAAUACUCCUUUAUUUAGUAUUGGACCAUCUAUAGCAGUUAUCUCUAUUUUACUAAGUUAUUCAGUAAUUCCUUUUAGCAAUCACCUUGUUUUAGCGGAUCUCAAUAUCGGUAUUUUUUUAUGGAUUGCCAUCUCAAGUGUUGCUCCGAUCGGACUUCUUAUGUCAGGAUAUGGAUCAAAUAAUAAAUAUUCUUUUUUAGGUGGUCUGCGAGCUGCUGCUCAAGCGAUUAGUUAUGAAAUACCAUUAACUCUAUGUGUUUUAUCAAUAUCUCUACUAUCUAACAGUUUAAGUACAGUUGAUAUAGUUGAGGCACAAUCAAAAUAUGGUUUUUGGGGAUGGAAUUUGUGGCGUCAACCUAUAGGUUUUAUCAUUUUUCUAAUUUCUUCCCUAGCAGAAUGCGAGAGGUUACCUUUUGAUUUACCAGAAGCGGAAGAAGAAUUAAUAGCAGGUUAUCAAACUGAAUAUUCCGGUAUCAAAUUUGGUUUAUUUUAUGUUGCUUCUUAUCUAAAUCUAUUAAUUUCCUCAUUAUUUGUAACAGUUCUAUACUUAGGCGGUUGGAAUAUUCUAUUCCGUAUAUAUCUAUGCUGGAGCUAUUUGAAAAGGAUCAAAUUUUGGAACAACAAUUGGUAUCUUUAUUACAUUAGCUAAAACUUAUUUGUUCUUGUUCAUUUCUAUCGCAACCAGAUGGACUUUACCUAGGCUAAGAAUGGAUCAACUAUUAAAUCUUGGAUGGAAAUUUCUUUACCGAUUUCCCUUGGUAAUCUAUUAUUAACAACUUCUUUCCAACUCUUUUCACUCUAAAUUGAAAAUCAAUCCAAGAUAUUCAUUACUUGUUUUAAACAAGAGAAAGAAACAAAGAUCAAAUUAUUCAUAGAUAAUUACAAUAUGCUUCCUAUGAUAACCGGGUUCAUGAAUUAUGGUCAACAAACCCUACGAGCUGCAAGGUAUAUUGGUCAGGGUUUCAUGAUUACCUUAUCCCACACAAAUCGUUUACCUGUAACUAUUCAAUAUCCCUAUGAAAAAUUAAUAA